AUGUCUGCAAUUAUCCGAGAUGAGGAAGGGCAGAUUCUUCUACUCUGUAAAGGCGCUGACAGGUUUGGCUGCACAGGGAUUAUCAGUUCUUCUUCUAAGCAAACUCUCAUGAUUUAUUUUUUCUUAAAUUUUUCUUGCAGCAUCAUAUUUGACCGCUUAUCAAAGAAAGGAAAAGAUUACCUGGGAGCUACUUCUAAGCACUUGAAUGAAUACGGUGAAGCUGGUCUGCGUACAUUAGCACUCGGUUAUAGAAAGCUGGAUGAAGCCGAGUAUGCGGCAUGGAACAGUGAAUUUCAUAAAGCUAAAACUUCAGUCGGUGCUGAUAGAGAUGAAUUGCUGGAGAAGGUAUCAGACAUGAUGGAAAAGGAAUUGAUCCUUGUUGGAGCUACUGCUGUAGAGGACAAACUGCAAAAAGGGGUGCCUCAAUGCAUAGAUAACCUUGCCCAAGCUGGUCUCAAGAUUUGGGUUUUGACAGGAGAUAAGAUGGAGACAGCAAUAAACAUAGGAUAUGCAUGCAGUUUACUUCGACAGGGUAUGAAGCAGAUAUCCAUUUCAUUUACUAAUGUAGAGGAAUCAUCACAACACUCUGAACCUGCUGUAAGGCAGAACAUUUUAAUGCAGAUCACAAAUGCCUCACAGAUGAUCAAAAUAGAAAAAGAUCCGCAUGCAGCGUUUGCCUUGAUCAUUGAUGGCAAGACACUUACCUAUGCUUUGAAGGAUGAUGUCAAGUAUCAGUUUCUUGCACUUGCUGUUGCCUGUGCAUCAGUAAUAUGCUGUCGUGUCUCUCCUAAACAGAAAGCACUUGUAACAAGGCUAGCUAAAGAAGGAACAGGGAAGACAACUUUAGCGAUCGGUGAUGGUGCAAAUGAUGUUGGGAUGAUUCAAGAAGCUCAUAUUGGUGUCGGCAUCAGUGGUGUUGAAGGCAUGCAGGCUGUAAUGGCAAGUGACUUCUCCAUAGCCCAGUUUCGGUUUCUGGAGAGACUACUUGUUGUCCACGGACAUUGGUGCUACAAAAGAAUAGCCCAAAUGAUCUGUUAUUUCUUCUACAAGAACAUUGCGUUUGGCCUAACUCUCUUCUAUUUCGAAGCCUUCACUGGGUUUUCUGGUCAAUCAAUCUUCAACGACUCCUACUUAUUACUCUUCAACGUUGUUCUCACAUCUCUCCCCGUUAUUUCUCUCGGAGUUUUCGAACAAGAUGUUCCUUCUGAUGUCUGCUUAGAGUUUCCUGCAUUGUACCAACAAGGCCCCAAGAACCUAUUCUUCGACUGGUACAGAAUCCUCGGAUGGAUGGGCAAUGGAGUUUACGCAUCCAUAGUCAUCUUCACACUCAACCUCGGAAUCUUCCAUGUCCAAUCAUUCCGCUCUGAUGGCCAAACCGCAGACAUGAACGCCAUGGGAACCGCCAUGUUCACUUGCAUCAUUUGGGCAGUAAAUGUUCAAAUCGCUCUAACCAUGAGCCACUUCACAUGGAUCCAACACGUACUGAUAUGGGGAAGCAUAGGAGCUUGGUACAUCUUCCUCGCCCUCUACGGCAUGUUACCACCAAAACUCUCUGGUAACAUCUUCCACAUGCUCUUGGAGAUUCUAGCGCCUGCACCUAUCUUCUGGCUCACCUCACUCUUGGUCAUAGCUGCCACAACACUCCCUUACUUGUUUCACAUCUCGUACCAAAGAUCAGUGUACCCUCUUGACCAUCACAUUAUACAAGAGAUUAAGCAUUUCAGGAUCGAUUUGGAGGACGAGAGAAUGUGGAAACGAGAGAAGUCAAAGGCUAGAGAGAAGACAAAGAUUGGGUUCACGGCUCGAGUGGAUGCUAAGAUAAGACAGCUAAGAGUGAAGCUUCAGAGGAAACAUUCGGUGUUAAGUGUCAUAAGUGGGACUUCGUCUAAUGAUACAGCUUCAAACAUGAUUUGAUGCCAAGUAAGUUUUUUUAACUCAUUGUUUUCUAUGAGCUGGAUUCAAGAUGGAUGAAAAUGUAUAAAAGAAAUUAUAUUCUCACUUAUUCAAAUCGUUUAUCUAAUUAGAGAAAAUAGAAAAGACUUGUAUUGUUUUGUUGUAUCUGUACACUAAUACUAAUGAAAAA